CGGUUUCAGAAGUUCCAUGCAAGUUUACAGUCCAUUUCCUGAUCACGUCACAGAUCCCCAAGGGUAGAGCGCUGAAUGCUGUCACGCUUGAUCCAGUUUACCUCUACGAGUGGGAAAGUGGUACGUUCCUGACCGCGUCUUUAAAUGGCAGUUUGAGCUUCACUAAGAGUUUGAUACAUCAGUCUUUAAAUGCAAAGAGCGAAGUAAACUUGACGGACAAAACCAUGGCGGUGGUAACAUGCCGAGUACAGUAUCUGGAAGAUACGGACCCGUUCGUCUGCACAAACUUCCCUGAACCAAGACGACCGCCACCGCACAAUUUCUACGAAAACCUCGUACUGAGUGAACAAAUUGCUGGUGUUCAUAAAUUGUUGGACGCUCCACUUAAGCUAGAAGAGUGUGCUCUGCAGCUUGCCCCCAAUGGGAACUACCUGGACCUUGACCUAUCACUGGCAGAGCAGCGAGAUGACCUGGAGCAGUUUUAUGAAGAUAUUAACAAAGGAAAAAAGCCCAUCCUGAUUCUCCGAACCCAGCUGUCUGUGCGUGUCCAUUCCAUUCUAGAAAAACUGUACAACUCCCAUGGACCGGAGCUCAGAAGAUCCCUGUUUUCGCUGAAGCAAUUGUUUCAGGAUGACAAAGACCUGGUGCCAGAGUUUGUAAAUUCUGAAGGGCUGACAUGUUUCAUUAAAGUGGGGGCGGAAGCUGAUCACAAUUAUCAAAACUACAUUCUUCGAGCUCUGAGCCAGAUCAUGCUAUUUGUGGACGGGAUGAACGGGGUCAUUAACCACAAUGAGACAGUGCAGUGGCUGUACACUCUCAGCGGCAGCUUGUCACGGCUUGUAGUGAAAACUGCCCUCAAGCUGCUCAUUGUGUUUGUGGAGUACACUGAAUCCAAUGGCCAGCUGCUAAUUCAGGCUGUAAACACUGUCGACGGCAAGAGGGGGGUGAAGCCCUGGUCGUACCUGACUGAAAUUCUGGAGGAGAGAAAUGGGUCAGACAGUGAGCUGCUGGUGUAUACCAUGACCCUCAUAAACAAGACUCUGGCAGCACUUCCAGACCAGGAUUCCUUCUAUGAUGUCACUGACUGUCUGGAGCAGCAGGGUAUGGAGCGCAUCAUGCAGAAACACGUGAACAGCAAGGGGACUGAUCCUGACCUGAAACAGCAGUUCACUAUAUAUGAGAAUGCUCUGAAGUACGAAGAUGGAGAAGUGGAAGAGGCAUCACCGCAUAUUCGUAAAGAGCGCAGGAAAGUUGCCUCAAACGUAGAGGAGGGGCGAAAGAGCCGACGGUCAUCAGGACAGAGCCUUUCGGAUGGGUCAUUCGCUGUCACCUCCCCCUCGUCUUUGAGCCCCACCACUGGCAAAGGGAGCCCUGGCUUGAGCAGGACUACCUCCCCUCAACCCUCUGAGCCCAUUACCCCAGAAACAGCCAUACCCAGCUCCAGCUCCACAGACUCUGGAUCUCAGAGAUCUUCUCCUAUACCACCUGCUGGGUCCACUAAUGGUACUGCUGUCUCCCCAACCGACCAAGAGCAGCAGCUUCCUUCAAGCACGGGGCGCUCUUUCAUCAGUCAUUAUAUGUCUCCUUCGGGAAUUUCUAGAAGGUCAAGGUUGUUUAAGAAGGCGGGGUCAAUAACCGAAGAGCCUUCCCCAAUCUCCAGCAGUCCGUCUCCCACAGACUCUGCUCCCCCAGAGAACCAGUCCGAGACGCUGCCGGAGCAGCCGCAGAAGAGGACCGAAGGCAGGGGCAUCUUCAAACUACACCAAACCGACACUGUUUGCCCAGAGAUGUGUAAUGUAAAUAUGGACAAGCCGGUUCUGAAGAAGUUUGAAGACACAUUCCUGCGCAGCCUGGCCGCCACCCAGUGGGAUAACAGGAAGAGGCAGCCCUUCCACAGAGUCCUGUCCGAGGACCGGGCAUCUCAGGAGGGGAGCGUCUCCCCGGAAGGGGAGGCGUGCUCUCCCACGGACUCCAGCUCUGCCACUGAAGAGACCAAGCUGCCCAGGGGACUGAAGCCCCACAGGCAGGGGGGUGAGCCCAGCACCCUGGAGCAGUCUGGGGACAUACAGACAUCUCAGAAUGAACCAGGUGGAGGAGUCCAGCGGCAGGGCAGCAUUGUGGAGCAGCGUAACACCCUUUCCAGUGACAGGAAGUUCAUGAUGGACAUGCUUUACUCCAAGAGCACAUCAGGGUCCCUGCAGACACCUGGGGAGGAGGAGAGCCCAGAGGAGAGGGGGAGGGAGGUCAUGCCUUCAGAAGGACAGGGUCUGGCCGAACGUCUCUCCAGCCUGCAGACCCGUCUGCAGCCCAGCGAGGACAGCUCUCGCCGGGCAGAGCUAGAGGGUCUGGGGGGCACUGCGCAGGCUGCCAGAGCACGGCUGGCAGAGGAGCAGCAGCACCGGAGGGUGCGGCCACAGUACAGCAUCGACGCAGAGACUCACUCCCGCAGCCUGGAGAAGACCAUGAUGACCCCACUGUCUAGAGACAGCAGCCAAGGUGCUUGGGACCAGCUCCAGCCCAGCAUCAGAGCCCUGAAGAUCAAAGACCUGGACUUCUCUGACCUCAUGGAGGAGGAGGAUAUUGACGUCCUGGAUGUAGACUCUUUUGACUCUGGCAUGUCCAAUGGGGGUGCGAUCCCCCCUCCUCCUCCACCCAUGGGUGGCCUUGGGGCCCCUCCCCCACCCCCUCCUCCUCCACUUGGUGGUGCACCACCCCCACCCCCACCCCCACCUCCACCUGGAGGAGGCCCUCCUCCCCCACCACCUCCUCCAGGUAUGCCUCCAACACCCGCUUCACAGGCCCCUGAUCCUGCUUUUGCAAAAAAGAGAAAAACAGUGAAACUUUUCUGGAAGGAGCUGAAGCAGCCAGACAGCCCCAGGAAGUGCAAGUUUGGGCGUGGCACAGUGUGGGCAUCCUUGGACAAAGUCACUGUGGACACUGCCAAACUGGAACACCUGUUUGAGUCGAAGGCCAAAGAGCUUCCUGUUACUAAGAAAGGAUCUGAAGUGAAGAAGUCUGAGAUUCUCGUCCUUGAUUCAAAGAGAAGCAAUGCCAUUAACAUCGGGAUGACUGUGUUACCUGCGGUCCAUGUCAUUAAGACCGCCAUUCUUAAUUUUGAUGAAUUUGCCAUUAAUAAAGAAGGCAUUGAGAAAAUCCUGACAAUGAUGCCAACUGAGGAGGAGAAGCAGAGGAUUCAGGAGGCUCAACUGGCCAACCCAGAUGUGCCCCUGGGGACCGCAGAGAAGUUCCUUCUGACCCUGUCCUCCAUCAGUGGCCUGGCUGCCAGGUUACAGCUUUGGGCCUUCAAACUCAACUAUGAGACCCUGGAGAAGGAGAUUGCUGAACCUCUGUUUGAUCUGAAGUUAGGAAUGGAACAGCUCGCCAAAAACAAAACAUUCAAGCGCAUCCUAGCAACCCUUUUGGCCAUUGGAAACUUUCUCAAUAGCACCAGUGCAAAGGGCUUUGAGCUGAGUUACCUGGAAAAGGUUACGGAGGUGAAGGAUACAGUGCACAGGCAGUCCCUUCUGCAUCACACCUGCAACUUUGUGGUGGAGAACUACCCCGACACAACUGAUGUGUACUCCGAGAUUCCCUCCAUCACACGCUCUGCUAAGGUGGACUUCGAACAGCUGUCAGACAACCUGGUGCAACUGGAGAGGAAGUGCAAGACAUCAUGGGAUAACCUGAAAUUAAUGGCCAAGCAUGAGACCAAACUGUCUCUGAAGAACAAAUUGACAGAGUUUCUGAAGGACUGUACAGAGAGGAUCAUCAUUCUGAAAGUGGUGCACAGACGCAUCAUCAACAGGUUCCACUCCUUCCUGCUGUACUUGGGUCAGCCAUCCUACUCGGUGCGGGACAUGAAGGUGACUCAGUUCUGUAAGAUAAUAAGUGAGUUUGCCCUGGAGUACCGCACCGCCAGGGAGAGGGUUCUGACGCAGAAGCGCAAACGGGCUGCACACCGCGAGCGAACGAAGACACGAGGGAAGAUGAUCACUGAGACUGAGAAGUUCUCCGGAGCUGUCCCCCCACAGUCCCCGGACAGCACAGCACCUGUUUCUUUGGUAACAGAGGCUGAACCAGCCCAGGAGGAGCAUGAGAACAUGAAGAACAUGCUGAUUGCCACAGAUCAAAGCAACCUCCGCCGGAGUCGCGCUGUCAGAAGUUUAGGGCGGGUCAGCCCAUCUAUUAUGGCAGCAGCCAAAGAGGACAGCACAAGCUCACAGGACGAUGCCACAGAUGAAAUCAUGGACCGCCUGGUGAAGUCUGUCACACAGAAUCCCACAGAGAGACAGUCCAGUCCGAAAACACGCAAACGCUCCCGUGUCAACAGGAAGUCCUUGCGGAGGACCCUGAAGAGCGGGCUAAGCUCGGAUAUGGUGCAGGCCCUAGGGCUGAGCAAGGCCAGCGAGCAGCUGUGAUGAGACCUGCCUGGACUGAGACACAAAAGAGACAUGAGAAAUACAAGAGCAACGUCUGACAAACUACACCAUAAGGACAAGGAUAAGAGAAAUCCUACGACAAGGGCUUAGAGGACAGCCCAGUACUGAGGAACACUUCAGAUAGAGCUACAAGUAGCCUUCCAGGUGGAAUAUGGAUUAACUGCACGGGCUUCAGUCUUAUGUUUGUGAAGGUGCUAAAACUGUAUCAUAAACAAAGGUAUUUCAUUUGACUUUCUCAGAUGCCCCAC